AUGGCACACCAGCCCAGUUCAGAGGAAGCUGGCGGCGGUCAAGCAGUUAACGACGCGGUUGAACGCGGUGUCAGUUCCUGUCUGUCUUCACAUGAUCAGAGAGUCUCCGAAGAGGCAUCCGCUCCUUCAGCAGCUGAGCAAAUCAGCAGGGGUAGCAUCAGCGCGCGUCUCAAGCGCAACAGUUCCAAGCUCCUAUCGUUAUUAGGUCUUCGCAACUCAUCCAACGCUGGAAAAGCUCAGCUCAGGGAAGAGGAGAUUUUCAUCCAUCAAACUAAUCCUGCUGGAUCCGCUCAAUCAUCUGGUUCAUACGCAACCAAAGACGUUUACAGUUGCCGCAGCACACAAUCUAGGGAGUGUCCUUGUGUUCGUAUUGCGGGAAAUUCAGCCCAGAGCAGCUCCAGCACUUUGCUCGACUCGUCCAAAGACCGGAUCCAUGCGUGCGAGAAAGUCGCAGAAGGCACAGACUUCCAACUGCGCCUCCUGAAGACUGAUGUUGUCGAUUCCACCCAUCUUUCCACCUUUGAUACUCGUCGCACCAACUCAACUUCGGCCGUCUUGACUGAUAUCGUUGCAUACAAACUCUCAACCGCAUUUGGAUAUCCAACGGUCAUCCGCCGCUCACAUCUGCGAUCACGACCAAAUAUAUCAGCAGUUCACUUCGUGUCUCCGCAACAACCUCUCAGCAAGCAAGGUGAUGGCGCCGACGAUGCCCGGCAUAGCGACGAUCCGUCAACUUCUCCCUGCGACAGCGGCUCACCCAUGAGCACAAACUCUACUCCUCCAACCUCCGAAGAACCAUCUUCCUUUGCAGAUGGCUGGAAACAAUCGUCGCAGAACGUCGCUCAAAAACAUCAGCGCCUAUCCCUCCCAGACCAGGGACCUCCCCGAAUCCUGACUCCGAUUCAAGAGUCGCCGAACGUUGCACCAUCUAUUUACACCGUGGAGGCGGCUGCAAACGCAAAAAUAUUCUUCGAAACAUAUUUCAAUACCAUCUUUCACAGCGGCGAUCCGCGCUUGGAACGUCGAAUCGAGCUCGAAAGAUGCAUCCAUAGAUCCCCACUCGCACCAGAAGAGAGGGCUAGAGCAAGAAAAAAUUGGCUUGAUCAAGAAAGAGAACAUCUACGCCAAUACCGUCUAUUGAAGUCUCGCCCUCACCGCACCCGCCGCAAUGAGACAGUUGCCCUGGCUGGCUACGAAGUGGUCAAAGUUCUUGGUCGAGGAAGCUUUGGCGUGGUCCGUCUGGUAAAGGAGAAAAGACCCAAAGAUGGUUCGGGCUAUCGCGUCAGUGAAGGUUCAUCAUCUUCCUUCAGAAAAGAUCGCUUUAAUUCCCUGCGGUCAGCUCUUAGUGGAGCCGAACGUGAUCAUCGACGUGCCAUGACCCGUGCAACGAAAGAUGUCUUCGCCAUGAAAGUGAUACGGAAAUCGGUGAUGAUACGCAACUGUCAAGAGGGUCAUUUGCGGGCAGAGAGAGACUUCCUCGUUGCUUCGGCAAAAUCUCGCUGGGUAGUUCCCUUGAUCGCAAGCUUCCAGGAUCACAAUUAUCUCUACUUGAUAAUGGAUUACAUGGUGGGAGGGGAUUUCCUUGGCCUGUUAAUGCGAAGAAACAUUCUGCCAGAGCACUUCACGAGGUGGUAUGCUGCCGAAAUGAUACUCUGUAUCGAGGAGGCUCACAAACUUCGAUGGAUUCACCGGGAUGUCAAGCCAGACAACUUCUUGAUCUCAGCCUCUGGUCAUAUGAAAAUAUCUGACUUUGGUCUAGCUUUUGACGGUCACUGGGCGCAUGAUCAAGCCUAUUACAACGAGCACCGAUACUCCUUGCUUGAGAAGCUCGGAAUUCGGAUUGACGGCGACAGAGAAGACAGGGAGGAACACAAGUCAACAGAUGCGGCAAAGAAUCACAAUGAGCUCAAGCCCGAUCGCAAUCCACCGUCAUUCAAUGUAUUAGACUGGCGUGACAAUAACCAGAAGCGCCGAUUUGCCCGCAGCAUCGUUGGCACCAGCCAGUAUAUGGCACCGGAAAUCAUCCGAGGAGAAGCGUACGACGGACGAUGUGACUGGUGGAGUGUAGGCAUCAUAAUAUACGAGUGCCUCUAUGGAUUCACCCCGUUUGCCUCCAUGGACCGGCAGGAGACCAAGUGGAAGAUCCAUCACCAUGUGCAAACAUUGUUUUUUCCUGCUGAGAGACCUGCCGACCUGAUGGUAUCCACGGAGGCAAUCGACCUCAUCAAUCGGCUACUUCAGGAUAAGGAGUACCGCUUAUCCUCGAGCAAGUAUAAGGUCAAUGAAUCAUUGAUCUUGCCACCGAACCUGAGGCGUUCCAUCCUUUUUGAUGAUAGCAGCAACCGGAACUACCAAGGCUUCUACGUAUACGCGGACGAUGCCGGGGAUAUCAAGGCACAUCCCUUCUUCCAUGGCAUCAACUGGCGUACACAUCAUCUGACCGAACCGCCGUUCACUCCCAAAGUAGACGGCUGGGAAGAUACUCGCUAUUUCGAUGACAAUGAGGACUCCAUGGGUAACGAUGAUGUUUCACUUACCUCGGAGGAAAACCAAGGGCUAGAUGAGGUCGACGGAGGUGACGCUCACGAACCAGGUCUUGAAAAGGUGCAAUCGCAGCAAAAAGGCAGUCAGCCAGGUAAGAAGGACAGUCCCGAGCCUGCAAAGAAGAACAAGCACCACAAGAAGGACAAACACAAGCGGAGAAGACCACGAGACAAGCUACUGCGCGACCCGAGAGUUGGUAAAACAGUGCUCGACAUCCGCAAGCGAGGUGCAUUUCUGGGCUACACAUACCGGCGGCCAAAUGCAGUUGCACUUGCACUGGUUCCUGAACGGGGACGAUCGAUGUUUAGACGGGGACACUUGUCGGAGUUGCAUGGAUAUUGA